UCGGGACGGUGGGUGCCAACGUGCUUGGUUUACCCCAGUGCCUCCGAGGAACGGCCCGCCGUGUGGGCCGUUCGUCAAGACUCCCGUGCCGCCGGGCAGGAUGGGGCCCAGGGCUGGCUGGGAUGGGAAGGGAAGGAUCUGGAGCUUGAGGCUGCGGCCACGAGUGGUCAAGCGAGUUGGCUCAAAGCCACUUCAACACCGUGUGAACCGAGUUGCUCAGCAAAUACUUAUGGUUCAGUUUCCUCAUCUAAACGUGCAGUCUCGUAAGGCCAGUGGAAAUACUAGGACACAGACAACACUCGGUAAACGCCACUUCCCUGUCUCCCCUCGGAUUGGCGAAGCCCCACCCCCAGACUCGGAGACUGGCGCGCAGGAGCGUAAUGACGCAAGAGCACACGAAGACGCCCCCACCCCAUCUCCGUUUCCUAGGAAACGUGGACUCCGCGUACCGCUCACUGUCGCUGCCCCCUUGACGUCAUGGUCCGGACGGGAGGGCGGGGCGAGUGCUACCGCCAGGGGCGGGGCGACGGGCCGGUCGCCCGGGCUGUGCACCUGCGCCCAGGCGGGCCGCCUGGGGCACCGUCCCCGGCCCGCCGGCCUCACCAUGGCCAGGCCGCAGAGGACUCCGGCGCGCAGUCCCGACAACAUCGUCGAGGUGAAGAGCAAAUUUGAUGCUGAGUUCCGACGCUUCGCGCUGCCCCGCGCUUCGGUGAGUGGCUUCCAAGAGUUUUCGCGGUUGCUGCGUGCAGUCCACCAGAUCCCGGGCCUGGAUGUGCUGCUUGGCUAUACAGAUGCUCACGGUGACCUACUGCCCCUCACCAACGACGACAGCCUGCACCGGGCCCUGGCCAGCGGGCCCCCACCGCUGCGCCUGCUAGUACAGAAGCGGGCAGAAGCUGACUCCAGUGGCCUGGCCUUUGCCUCCAACUCUCUGCAGCGGCGGAAGAAAGGGCUCCUACUUCGGCCAGUGGCACCCCUGCGCACCCGGCCACCCCUGCUAAUCAGCCUGCCCCAAGAUUUCCGCCAGGUUUCUUCAGUCAUAGAUGUGGACCUACUGCCUGAGACCCACCGACGGGUUCGGCUGCACAAGCAUGGCUCGGACCGCCCCCUGGGUUUCUACAUUCGAGAUGGCAUGAGUGUCCGUGUAGCUCCCCAGGGCUUGGAACGGGUUCCAGGCAUCUUCAUCUCCCGCCUGGUACGAGGGGGCCUGGCUGAGAGUACGGGGCUGCUGGCAGUCAGUGAUGAGAUCCUCGAGGUCAAUGGUAUUGAGGUGGCUGGGAAGACCUUGGACCAAGUGACGGACAUGAUGGUCGCCAACAGCCACAAUCUCAUUGUCACUGUCAAGCCAGCCAAUCAGCGCAAUAAUGUGGUGCGGGGAGCAUCUGGGCGUCUGACAGGGCCUUCCUCUGCUGGGCCUGGGCCUACUGAGGCUGAGAGUGACGAUGAUAGCAAUGAUCUGGUCAUUGAAAACCGCCAGCCUCCCUGUUCCAAUGGGCUGUCUCAAGGGCCUCCAUGCUGGGACCUGCGCCAGGGCCGUCUACUUCCUGGUGCCCGCAGUUCUCUGCCCUCCCUGGAUGAUCAGGAGCAGGCCAGCUCUGGCUGGGGGAGUAGCAUGCGAGGAGAUGGUAGUGGCUUUAGCCUCUGAUGGGCAAGGAUGCAACCCCUUGCUACUCCAGGCUGCUGGGACAUGGCAGGGACUUCCUUGGUGGGGGUUUUUAGCUUGCUCACAGGGCCCUCUCAGUCUGGGGAACAUUAAAGGUUUUCUACAAAUGCA